GAGCACGUUGGCCGCUUAAAAUACUAUAAAGUCAUCGUCGUUCCUUUUUUCCAGCCCUUCGCGUUCAUGUGGAUUUCGUUGCAGCCAUGAAGACCAUAUUGUCUACUGCAUACGUCAAGAUUCCUGACGAUAUUACCAUUAAAGCCAGUAGGCGAAAGAUUACCGUCAGUGGUAAACGAGGUACUCUAAGCCGAGAAUUUAAACACCUGAAAUUGGAACUAAAGGUGAUCGGUAAAAAAUUAAGAGUAGAUGUCUGGUUCGCCGACAGACGAGAAUUGGCCUGUGUUCGCACUGUUUGCAGCCAUAUCGAAAAUAUGAUUAAAGGCGUUACAUAUGGCUAUCUUUACAGAAUGAGAUCAGUAUAUGCCCAUUUCCCAAUCAACGUCAAUAUUACCGAAGAUGGUAAACUAGUUGAGAUUAGAAACUUUUUGGGGGAGAAAGUUAUCAGACGAGUAAGAAUGAGAGAUGGUGUAACUUGUAAAGUAUCCCAAAAGCAAAAGGAUGAAUAUACUGUAUCAGGCAAUGACAUCGAACUUGUUUCGCAAUCGGCUGCUCUUCUCCAACAAUCAACGACGGUCAAAGCGAAAGAUAUCCGCAAAUUUCUCGAUGGAAUUUACGUGUCGAAUAAGGAGACAAUUGACGCUAUGGAAAUUUAAGUGUACAUUUCGUAAUGCAGAUUCCUCAAUAAAUGUGUAACGCUUUAAAUAAA